AUGCUCGCUUCUACCACCGCGCCCAGGGCCCGCGACGCUCUCGCCGCCCUGGCCUUUUCCUUUUUCACUUUGGCCGCCGCACAGGACAACACCACCGAACCACUUUCGACUUUCUAUUCCCGCCCGGACUUGACGCCUCCCGCUCUCGACUGCUCAAUCCAGGAAGAUGGCGUUGCGCCAGGUUAUAUCUUCAUUGCGCCAUACGGCGCCACGCAGUCCGGUCCUUACAUAUACGAUAAGUCUUGCAACCUUGUUUGGUCCGGAUUUGGCUUCGCCGGCCCCGAGACCUCGCACGACGUCCAGGUCUGCACGUACAAGGGCGAAGACCACCUGUGUUUCAUGCAGGGCAACCAGAUGAAGGGUUACGCCCGCGGCCACGGCUUGAUCCUCGACAAGUCCUACACGAUCGUCAAGUCCAUCGAGGUUGGCGGCAGCGGCGUUCCGUCGGUCGACAUGCACGAAUUCAACAUGAUCGACGACGGAAAGUCGGCGCUGGUCACUGCGUACAUGACGAUUCCGUACGAUUUGGUCGACUACGGCAUCACUACCGGCGUCGGAUACCUCCAGGACGGCGUUUUCCAGGAAGUCGAGGUCGAUACCGGCAACGUGCUGUUUGAAUGGCGUGCCAUUGACCAUGUGCCGCUGGCCGCCUCGUAUGUGUUGCCGAAUGCUUCAGAUACUUCUGGCACGGGUCUCUCGACGAGCUCGCCCUGGGACUGGUUCCACAUCAACUCGGUUGACAAGUCUUCGUACUCGGACACUUACCUGAUCUCGGCCCGCAGCGUGUCCUCGAUCUACAACCUCAACUCGACCGACGGCAGCAUCAUCUGGACACUCAGCGCCGGCGGCCAGUACACCGACUUCGACUGUACCAACUUCAACUUCUCGUACCAGCACGACGCGCGCUUCGUGUCGGAGAACUCGACGCACACGGUCCUCUCGUUCUACGACAACGCGUCCAACGGCUUCAACCAGACGUCGCCCGAGUCCUCUGCCAUGGUGGUGGCGCUCGACCACACGACCAACAAGGCGACCAUGCUGUCACGCAUCACGGCGCCCGCGGCGGCCGGCGGCAUCCUGUCGACGUCGCAGGGCAACACGCAGCUGCUGGCCAACGGCAACUUCUUCAACGGCUGGGGCAGCAUCGACGCACUCUCCGAGCACGCCGCUGACGGCACCCCGCUCCUCUACGCCACCUGGGGCGCGUACCCGGUCAUGAACUACCGCGCCUGGACCUUCAACUGGACUUCCACGCCCAAAACCGAGCCGGCCGUCUACGCUUUCGCCCGUAACGCCACCGACGCCGCGACGACGGCCGUAUACGUGUCGUGGAACGGCGCGACAGAGGCCGCUAGCUGGAAGUUCUACGGCGGUGAUGCUGCUGAUGCAGUUACACAGGAGCUCGGCACCGCGGAGAAGCAGGGCUUCGAGACGGGCUUCAGCGCGCAGGGAUUCAGCCAGUACAUUUCCGUCGAGGCGCUGGAUGCGGCUGGUAACGUGCUGAGCCGCAGCUCGCCGCUCAAGACGUUCGUGCCCAACCAGGCGUACGCGGACCUGUGCAGCGACGUCGGCUGCCCGGAGGCGACGUCUUACUCGUCUUGA